AUGACGGGUAUACCGGGCGAGAUACCGGACUAUGGGCCCUCGACUGCUGGCCACGUCUCGUACACCAUGCCCGAGUGCAUCUCGUGCGGAUGCGACACAUGUACGGCGACAAGCACGUUCGUCACAUCGUAUCCGGCCUUCUGCCCAGGGCAGAAGAGCGGGUUUGGCAGCGACAAGCCCGGCUUUACCGAGCAGACUUACACGGUGACGGAGACAUAUGUCGGUGUUUCCAGCGUGCCGCAGUUUGCUUCGGCCACGGACGUCCCUUUUGGCUUCACAAUCUCGGUGGCGACCUGCACGGCGUGCAGCCACGCUGCCAACCAGGGAGGCAACGGCCCCGUGGUCAUCGAAACAAUGACAUAUCCGCAGGACAGCACGCCCUUUGCAAUCAACUCGGCAUGCGCGGAGCAGUGCGACGACGACGCGGCUUCGGUCUCACAGGCGGGUGGGGGCACGACCAGCAUGCCGGCGCUGGUGACGGGCAACGGGACGGCGCCACCGGUCUUGGUGACGGUGAGCGGAACGGUGACGAGCAAAGGCCAUGCGCGCUGGGCGGCAAUCAUGUUGGGUUCUGCGGCGAUUAUCGCCCUGUCCUUGUAG